UUCAGGCGAAAUUUAAAUUAAGAAUGCUGAUUCUGUAUAAUUUUAUUGCAUAAGCUAAACUUUGGAGGAACAAUCGAGAAAGUCAGUGUGAAUACGUUAACUAAUACCAAAUACUUGACUAACGUUAUAUCAAAAUUUAUAAAUAUGCUAUCAACUCUAAAGAAAUCUGGAAGUAUUUUUAAUAAUGUUUAUUUUAAAGCAUUCUUCCCAAGUGCUUCAGUCAAUUGUCAGAACAUUAUUUUAAAGAGAGCAUAUGCUUCAGUGCAAGGAAAUGUCAUUGGAAUUGAUCUCGGAACUACUAAUUCUUGUGUGGCUGUUAUGGAAGGAUCUUCUCCGCGUGUGAUAGAAAAUUCUGAAGGCUCUCGUACAACUCCCUCGGUUAUUGCAUUUUUACCUGAUGGAGAAAGACUAGUUGGAGCACCAGCAAAAAGACAGUCUGUAACUAACUCUCAAAACACAUUAUAUGCUACCAAGCGAUACAUUGGCAGAAGAUUUGACGACCCUGAAGUUCAAAAAGAUAUAAAAAAUGUUCCUUACAAGUUAGUUAAAGCAUCAAAUGGAGACGUUUGGUUUCAAGCCCAUGGAAAAACAUACUCACCGAGUCAGACAGGAGCUUUCGUUUUAACUAAAAUGAAAGAAACUGCAGAAAGUUAUUUGGGUUCAACUGUUAAAAAUGCUGUUGUUACAGUCCCAGCAUAUUUUAAUGAUUCUCAAAGACAAGCUACAAAAGAUGCUGGCCAAAUAGCAGGCUUAAAUGUUCUUCGUGUAAUUAAUGAACCCACAGCUGCAGCUCUUGCAUUUGGAAUGGAAAGAAGUGAUGAUCAAAUUAUUGCAGUUUAUGAUCUUGGUGGUGGAACAUUUGAUGUUUCUCUUUUGGAAAUACAUAAAGGUGUUUUUGAAGUCAAGUCUACAAAUGGGGAUACGUACUUAGGUGGUGAAGAUUUUGAUAUGGCUUUAUUGGAAUAUCUCGUCAAAGAGUUUCAGAGAGAUACUGGUAUUGAUGUCAAGAAAGAUAAUAUGGCACUUCAACGAUUGCGCGAGGCUGCUGAAAAAGCUAAGUGUGAACUAUCUUCUUCCCAGCAAACUGACAUUAAUCUUCCUUACUUAACUAUGGAUGCAAGUGGUCCAAAGCACAUGAAUUUAAAACUGACUCGAGCCAAAUUGGAGCAACUUGUUAAUCAUCUUAUCCAGAAAACAGUUGAUCCAUGUAAAAAAGCUAUUAAAGAUGCUGGAGUUAGCCGAGGCGAAAUAGGAGAAGUUCUUUUAGUAGGAGGAAUGACUAGAAUGCCAAAGGUGCAAUCAAUUGUUGAAGAGAUAUUUGGUCGUAAGCCAAGUAAAGCUGUAAAUCCAGAUGAAGCAGUAGCUAUUGGUGCAGCUAUUCAAGGAGGUGUUCUCGCUGGAGAAGUGAAAGAUAUUCUUCUUCUAGAUGUAACUCCUCUUUCAUUGGGUAUAGAAACUCUAGGUGGUGUUAUGACAAAACUUAUUAACAGAAACACUACUAUUCCCACAAAAAAGAGUCAGGUUUUCUCGACAGCUGCAGAUGGACAAACUCAAGUUGAAAUUAAAUGCUAUCAGGGAGAACGUGAAAUGGCUGGAAAUAACAAAUUACUUGGACAGUUUUCAUUAGUGGGAAUUCCACCAGCUCCUAGAGGAGUUCCUCAAAUUGAAGUUACAUUUGACAUAGAUGCAAACGGGAUUGUAAAUGUCUCUGCUCGUGAUAAGGGAACUGGUAAAGAGCAACAAAUCGUUAUUCAAUCAAGUGGAGGUUUAAGUAAAGAAGAUAUAGAAAAAAUGGUGCGUCAAGCAGAGCAAUUUGCUGAAGAAGAUAAAAAGAAAAAAGAAAUAGUUGAAACAGCAAAUCAAGCAGAAAGUGUUAUUCAUGAUACUGAGUCUAAGAUGGAAGAGUAUAAAGAUCAACUUCCAAAGGAAGAGUAUGAAGAAUUAAAGACCGAAAUAGCUAACGUUCGAAAGGUCUUAGAGAAAAAAGACGAAAUUAAAUCUGCUGAAGAAUUAAGAGAAUCUUUCCAAAAAUUACAACAAAAAUCUCUAAAGCUUUUUGAAAUGGUUUACAAAAAGAUGGCAUCUGACAGAGAAAAUAACUCUUCAUCGUCAAGUGAAAGCGGUGCUAAACAAAACUAAAAUUUUGAAUUUUUCCCGUUAACCCCUUGAAUCGCCACCUGAUAUUGGGUGUAUCGAUAGUCUCCCAUCAAAGACUUGUGCAUUUUACGGUCAAAAGCAACUAGAAAAAGUAAGAUACUUAUGCAUAAGUGCACAAGAACCAAAUUCUUUGUAUGAAAAUAAACCAAAAAUAUUUUUUAUUUUA